CCGAAGGCUACACCAAAGCCGUGCGUUGCCGUCGACGACAACGCCCGCGGACUAGUAGUAGUAGUCGAGACGUCGACGCAAACCACUUCGUUCCUGUCGGAGAAACACACGGCACACGCACGCGUUCGCGCGAUCGUUCGAUCUCACAUCAGCAGACUACAGGAUUUAUUAUUAUAAUUAUUAUCAUCAUUAUCAUCAUCAUCAUCAUCAUCGCACUCGUCGCUGCCGCCAAGACGUUUGAAUCGGCGAACGCCGUAACGUAUCGAAGUUCAUCAUUUCGUGUAAACCUUGUACGUCGUCCGCUCAUUGUCGUGUUCCCUGCACUUACUUAUCGUACCGCGGGCAGUUCAGCUGCGCUACCGGUGUUCUUCACCGGGAAUAGUGCGUGACCGAGGGAAAUAUAGAGGCAAAAAAAUAAGGUGACGGUGCCGAAAUCGCUAGACUUCUCCACUUCGGCUGCGGCCGCGGAUUUUCGCUUUAACAACGGCUGCAACAGCAGCAGGAGCAGUGACAGCAGUAGAGACGGUUUCAGGACCUGAACCCGCACAUGAUUUGAGAGGUUCGUUCGUUGUCGGGCAGUAGUCCUGUGUACCGCAGUGGUCGACCGGCGUUGCGGCAGGCUCUGGGUCCGGUCGGAUGCGCGACGACUUUGAUCUUCAGCUGGUGCAGCAGCAGCAGCAGCUGAAACAGAGAGACGUCGUCGCCGACGACGACGAUCACCAACGGACGAGCAGACAGCGGAUGCACCACCACCACCAUCAUAAUCACCAGCAGCAGCAGCAGCAGCAACAGCAACAGCAACAGGAACGUCACGGUGACGACGAAGACGACCAGGGCCAUCGCCAGCGUCGUCGUCAUCAACAGCAGCGAAACGGGUCGAACACGAACCGUUUGUUGAACGAUACAGACGAAGACGACGACGACGACGACGCCGACGGCGACAACGACGACGACGACGACGACGAAACGGACAUUGACGACGGUGGCGGAGGCGGUGAUACGACUACCACGACGACAACGGACAGCACUGGCGGCGGUGGCGGCGGCGGCGGUGGUGGCAAUGACGAUGUGGACAUGAUGAUAAUGAUGGAUACGGCUCAGCCGUCCACGACUGCCGGUGGUGAAUCACCACAAACACCGACAUCACCACCGGCACCACCGGUGCAGUUAACAAUCAAAGUCGAUCCGGCCGCUUCGCCGUCGUCUUCAUCGACCCCACCGCCGCCAACGGUGGCCAUGCCGUCCAUAAACACUAGCGCCACCUCUACCGAACAGCAGCAACAGGAUGAUUACGAUAUGACGACGACGACCACCGGGAUCGGUUACAGUGGCGUCAGUGAUGGAUAUACAUCUACUGCUACAUCGGCAGGUCUUCCCGAUAUGAUAGGCGGAAGUCACCUUCACCCACAUCAUCACCACCAUUUACUCCUUCUACAUCACCAGCAACAGCAACAACAGCAUCAUCCACACACACUGCCAUCACAACACCAGACCGGCAGCAGCUAUUACAGCGGAGACAGUGGCCAACAUCAUCAUUCGUCUGGGACGGCAAUACCACCACCAGCACCACCAUUACCAUUACUGCUACACGACCAACAGCAGCAGCAAAUCGGUGGUGAUCUGCAGCUACAACUCCAGUUGCACCACCAGCACCAGCACCAACAACAGCAACAACACCACCAACUAUUACAGCAGCACCAGCAACAGCAACAACACGAAGACUUAUCACGACACCACCAUCACCACCAUCAUCACCUGCAGCUGCAGCAGCAGCAUCUGGUCGAACACCAGCACCCUCACCAUCACCAUCAUGAACUCUCUACCACCGCGGCUCACCAUCACCUACAGACCCAACAGCAACAUCAGCAAUUUCCUUCGGCACACCUACAUCACCCGCAGUAUCUCCAGCAGCAACAGCAGCGGCAACAGUUUUCACCGGCUGUGACGGCGGCCAAUCUUGUUCAUUCGCACUAUCACCAGCAGCAACAACAGCAGCAGCAGCAGCAACACCAUCACCACCACCACCACCUGCAGCAGCUCCAACAGCAUGUAGUCAACGACGGUGGUGGCGAAGAUGACGACGAAAACAUAGUCAGCUCGGCCGCCACCGGUGACGGCGGAUAUUCAACGUCAACGUCGGCCGCCGCGGCCGCUGCAGCCGCCUCAGCAGCCGCGUAUGCCGCUGCAGCAGCGCUCUAUGGUGGUGGCAGCCAAAGCCAUCCCGGUGGUCAUCUGCAUGGAGGCCAUCACCAACAGCAACAACAGCACAUGUUACUGCCACCAGUGGGGUCAAGUUCGGUAACACAGCAUCAGCAACUUGACAUGCAGCAGCACCAUCACCAAAUGAUGGUGAUAGGUGGUGGCACACCCACUCUACCUCCGCUACCAGCAGCACCUGAUAGCCCUCCUACUCCGGCUUUACAACAACUAAGAGCAGCAGUAGCAGCGGCAGCGGCGGAUCCGACGUCGGGUGGAGUGUUAUCUUCACCGCCGGUGGUCAAGUCCAGGCGGACAGCUGUGUCGGCGACGAUAAACGACACUGGCGGUACCGGCGGCGGAACAGCCGGUCGCUGCGGCGGUGGAGGUCGUGGCCGAGGUCGCAGAGUGGCCACGACCACUGUGACUGGAGGUGUUUCGGGUGCGUCCACGGCAGCCCUUCAGCAGCAGCAACAGCAGUCACCGUUAUUGUUGCACCCGCAUCACACACAUCCGCACCAUCACUCGCACUUGCAACAGCAGCAGCAGCAGUUCGGCAGCGGAGGUAGUGGCCCACCUACUACUCCGGCGACGACCGUGGCCUCAGAACAGCAGCAGAGCCCACCUCUGGACAGGGUGUUCAUAUGGGACUUGGAUGAAACGAUUAUCGUGUUCAACUCGCUGUUGACGGGCGGCUACGCGGCGGCCCAUGGCAAGGACCAACGUGUAAUGCAGCCACUUGGUUACCGAAUGGAAGAGAUGAUUUUCACGCUGGCCGACCAGAGCUUUUUUUUCAACGAGAUUGAGGAGUGCGGUGGUGGUGAUCAGGCGCAGCACAUCGACGACGCCGCGUCCGACGACAAUGGUCAAGACCUUUCGGGUUAUGAUUUCGGUGCGGAUGGAUUUUCUGCAUCCAAUGUCAAUGCGCAGCAACAACAGCACCACUUUAUCAACCAGCACCACUUCAACAACUCCGGGAGCUCCAGCAAUAGUAGCAACAACCAUCAGCAGCACCAGUACCAGCAACAGCACCACCAGUACCAGCAGCCAUACCAGCACCAUCAGCAACAGCAACACCAUCAAAUGAUGAGCCCCGCCGGUGGAACUUCCAUCGCUAAUUCGACAUCAUCGUCCGGCAAUGGUCUGAGAGGCACCGGGAGCAUACGCGGUGGAGGCGGUGGUGGUGGAGUGGACUGGAUGCGAAAAUUGGCGUUCCGGUACCGCCGAGUUAAGGAGCUGUAUAACCAGUACCGAAACUCCGUCGGAGGGCUUUUGGGACCCCGCAAACGGGACGCGUGGCUUCAACUCCGGGCCGAUAUCGAACUGCACACGGACGAUUGGCUUACGAUGGCCGUCAAGUGCUUGAACGUCAUCAACUCGAGGCCCAAUUGCGUCAACGUGCUGGUCACCACCACCCAUCUGAUCCCUGCGUUGGCCAAGCUGCUCCUGUACGGGUUGGGGCCGCAUUUUUCAGUGGAAAACGUUUACUCGGCCGCUGGGGGUGGCGGCGGUGGUCCGUCGACGGGCGGCAGCAAAUCGGGAAGCGGAACCGCGGCUGCGGCGACGACGGCUGCGGGCUCGUCCAAGGAAUCGUGUUUCGACCGAGUGGUGCAGCGAUACGGUCGGAAGUGCACUUACGUGGUGAUUGGAGACGGGGCUGAGGAGGAGCGAGCUGCUCGUCAGAUGAACUUUCCGUUCUGGCGAGUAUCUGGACACAGUGAUCUGCGGGCUCUAUACAAUGCUUUGGACAUGGGAUUCCUGUGAAUCGACGCAGUGGAAGCAACACCAAUACCGGUACAACACUAACAACACUAUUGUUAUUUUACAUUGAUGUUGGUUUAAACUUUAAAAUGUUUUACUUCUUCGCGUGACACACGUUUAUCAAUACUCGUAUAUACUUUACACGUGUGUCGCGACGGUGGCGUCCAAUACGUGUAUGUAUAUAUAUAUAUAUAUAUUUCGUCGCAUUAUGAGAGUGUUUAUAUUGUUUUUAUAUUAUAAUUAUUAUUGAUUUUAUCAUUAUGUAUCUAUUUAACUAUGUCUCGUUUAUGCGAUCGUAUUCAUGUAUACGAUAUAUACAUUAUUACUACGCUUAUCUACAUCGCAUUUUAUUAUUAUUAUA